UGUGCAGCUCUCUACCAGUUGGUAUUGGUAGUGGUAAGAUACCAGAAAGUGAUAUGACAUCAUCAUCAGAUUACAACGGCACCACGUCACCAUCCAAGGGACGACUAAACUACAUAGCAGAGUCAUCAUGGUGUGCUGCUAGAAAUGACUCUUCUCCAUAUCUACAGAUUAACUUAGGAUCGCCUUACAUCAUUUGUGGUAUAGCAACACAGGGUGACCACAUGACAGACCAGUGGGUACAGUCUUAUCACAUGCUGACAUCAAAUGAUGGGUCUAAUUUUACUAAAUACAUGGAAAACAGCCAAGUUGAGUCAUUUACUGGCAACUUCGACUCUAAUUGUACAGUCAAGAAUAUMUUUUAUGACGGUACUGUUAGUCAGUACAUACGUGUUGCACCCACAAGUCAUUAUGGGAGUACAAGCUGCAUGAGAACAGAACUCUAUGGAAUAAAACACGACGAAGGUUGUACAUUGAUGUUCGUUGGUUUGUCAUACCCUAGUAUCAUCCCAGACCACAGGUUUACUGCCAGUUCUUCAUAURRCGGAGAUUACAUACCAAGCAAUGCUAGGCUGAAAACAUCUAAUAAAGCUUGGGCACCUUUAAAAUACUAUAUUGGAGAGCGGCUGCAGAUAGACCUUGGUUCUGUGGUGUUCGUGUGUGCAGUAGCCACCCAAGGUGCUGGGGUCUUUGCUAAUGAGUGGGUAUAUUCAUACAAGAUUAGAGUGUCCUUGGAUAAUGUAAAUUGGGAUUAUUACCAGGAAAGUAAUAUUGAAAAGACCUUUGGAGGCAACUCAAAUAAAGAUCACGUCAAGAUAAACAGUCUAAGUCAUCCAGUAAAGGCCAAGUUUAUACAAUUCCAUCCCACGAGAUAUUUUAAUCGGCCGUCCAUGAGAGUAGAGGUUUAUGGGAUAUCUUCAGCUUGCAGCUUUCCUCUUGGACUUGAAACACCUGGUAUAAUUCCAAACAGCCAAAUGACUUCAUCAUCACUCCUUGACAGUGCCCAUACUGCAUCACAUGGUCGUCUCUAYGGYAGCAGCGCAUGGUGUAGUAGUACGUCACCUAACACUCAGUACUUACAGAUUAACCUGGGACAAGUGAUGACAGUGACAGGUAUAGCAACACAGGGUGACCACACCAUGGAUAAGUGGGUUACUACCUACAAUAUCAGUUACAGUAUGGAUGACAAUCUGUGGAACACCUACAAAGCUGGAAGCAACCAUGAUAAGAUAUUCCAAGGCAAUACUGACAAGGAGAAUGUAAGAGUGCAAUGGCUGAGUCAUCCAAUGACAGCAAUACAUGUUCGAGUUACACCACAGACAUGGAAUACUGCUAUAUGUAUGAGACUAGAACUGUAUGGAUGUGACUAUGUUACCAGACCAGUGAUAUCAGGUCUGACCAAUCAAAACCUUUCAGCAGCAUCCAAUAGUUAUGAAGAUCUGGUGUGUAUUGUACAAGAACCAUUAAUACAGUACAUCAAAUGGUACACUGGUGAUACUGACAUCACCAGUCAAUCUACUGGUCUGGUGCAUGGUGCUAAUGGAGUCAAGCAGUCUACAUUGAGAGUAAACUACACUUCUGUUGCUGAUGUACUCAAUAGUUAUGAUUGUUACAGGUUUGAAUCCUCGCUGUUGUGUAAUAAACCGUUCAUGUGUAGAGCAUUGUAUGGAAAUACCAAAACAGACGCUGAUGGGACAAAAAGUGCCGUGGUAAGAGUAAGAUAUGACUACCCGUCUAGACAAAUUCUGCCGACAGUUAGAUUUCUUAGCUCGACAGCGGUGGGAAUAGUCUGGCAAAAGCUUCAACUAACUGAAUUCCAGAAACCUGUGACGUCAUAUGUGUUAGUCUACCAAAAUAGCACACACUCAGUAACGAUAUCAGCCCUAUCACAAAGCCUAGUAAUCACCGGCCUAAAAAUCUAUACCAGUUACAAUAUUACAAUCAAAGCUGUUAGUAUAGUUGGUGAUGGGAAAUGGAGUCGGCCAAUGAACUUCAGAACAGACUCAGACGUUCCAACAGGUUUUCCUACAUUGAUAACAGCAGAAGCCUUAACAUCCCAAAGUAUACGUGUUAAUUGGCAGGCACCAAUAUCUGGAAUCAAUGGUCCUUUUCUGGGAUACAGAGUAUUUUGCAUAUCAGGAAAUGAUAGACAUGAAAGUACUGCAACUCCUCAACAAACAAGUCACACGUUCAGUGGUCUGAGAAAGUGGACAAUAUACAACGUCACAGUGGUCAUACGUAACGAUAAGGGAGAUGGACCUAUCCAUAGCUACGUGCUUAGGCGAACAUUUGAAGAUGCUCCCGGGCAGCCACAAAGCUUCCACGUCACCGUCCUGAAUUCUACUGGUGUUCAACUGGAUUGGGCUUUACCACGUGAAACAAAUGGUAUCGUAAGAGGGUUCAAGCUGCGCUACGAAAAAAAUGGUAACGCGUCAGAGAAGGAUUUAUCUGGUAAUACGAAUCUAUCUUAUGUACUGACUGGACUGGACAAAUGUACUCUGUACUCCUUUCAAAUGUUGGCCUAUACAAUCAAGGAUGGUGUAUUGACAGCUUCAAAACAGAAAGUAACAGCAGAAGAUGCUCCAUCUGCUCCUAUUAAUCUUGAGGCAACAAUCACUCCACCCAGCGGUCUCACAGUUCCACAACUAAUACUAACAUGGAGUAAACCUGCAGUUUGUGGUGAUAUUGUUCGCUAUUACGAAGUGUCAUACAACCACAGUGAAGAUCCCUCCAUAAAGUUGGUAACUGUUCAUAAUAGCAAACUGAAUGUAACAAUUCCUGUCUUGGGAGGGAUGACCUACGAGUUCCGCAUCAUGGGCGUCACCAACAAGGAAGGGAUACUCACACCAAGAAAAACAUUUGUGAUACCAAUUUAUGCUCCACCUGUUCCUGUGGUCGAAUUUGUUGGUAACAUUACUUCAGACGUGAACAACAUCACAGUUUGGGAAAGUUCUAAUAUCAGUGGAAAAAUCAUGGCUUAUCAAAUUAUUGUGGUCAACGUGGAUAAAACAUGUUCUUUUGAUGAAACAAAACUAAAAAGCCACCAAGAAGCAGAGAAAGAAAAACUGCACUACUACAUAGCAGCAGAAAUAAAACCAGACCGUAGCAAGAAAUUCCCGCGCGUUUUCACUCUUGGAGACGAGAAAGACUACAAUGGAUACAGAAAUGUUAAAAUAAAUCAAGAAAAAACAUAUCAUGUGUUGCAAAGAGCUUUGACGAUAAACGAGAAAAAAGAGUACUUGGCAGGUGCUAGGGCUUUGAUAGCAAGAGGGAGGAUUGCCAAAAACAAAGAGUUAUUUUCUGGACAGCAUUCACAGACGGACAAAGCUUUUGUAGAUUCUCCAGUUUUUGCUGUUAGUUUGGCAUUCAACGUAGCUUUCUCGGUUCUCAUUGUCGUGGUUGUAGUGCACAACAGAAAGCUAAAGAAACAACUUGAAGAAACGAGGAAAGUGAAAAAAAGAUCUGAGACUCAUUUUUCACAAGAUGUUUAUACGAACAUAAAUACAAAUGACUCAGAUGAAGGAAUACCAAUGGUCCCUUUACCUGCUCGUGCAGGCUCCACAUACGAGCAGAUUGACUUACAUGGUACAGUAGAUCCAUCAGAGGUACGCACGGAAGUUACUGGCCCCAAUGCCAUAGCAACUGAUGUAGGUGGUGCCGGAUACUGUGAACCAAUUCAUGAAGGAAGCGAAUCCAAUCCUAAUGAACGAAUAUAUGAAACUAUUCAUUCAGAAUUGCUGGGAGAGGAUCCUGAGCAACUGCAAAAUACCACAGCGACCUCGUCACAAUCUAUUUACCAGUCCCUGGUGCAGGAAAACCGMCCUAAACCAGUUUACGAGAAUCUUCAUACUUAUGGAAAAAACGAAAGUAAAAACGGCCCCACUCAAUAAUGAUUUAAUAUUUGAAUGAUAAUAWUAUUAUUUUACAUYAAUAGCACCAAUGACGCUUUAUAAUGAGCAAGAAAAUCUAGGAGAGCCAAUGAAGCGGCGAUACUAAGUCUGCAAUUAAAGAAAGUUGAUUGUUUCACUUUUAGAUGAAGCUAGUGAAUUUUAAAGCCAACCUUUUUAAGCUCGGUUAUUAUAGAAAAGAAGGGGAGGGGGUUGUAUUUUCUCUCAAUCAAAAAGAUAAUACAUUGUAUUGUUAGAUAAGUUCUUAGUAGCGCUAGCAUUAGUGUACUACACAUAAAUUCCCACUUAUUUAUGUUAGCUACCGAGAACGAAGGCAUGAUAGACCUGCGAGGUAACUAUCAGAUUUAGUAUCCAUUCCACUAAGUAAUUUUGUUUUCGCAAAAUUUCAAUAGACUAAAUAGUAUCUAUUUUAGUUGAAAGGCAUACGAUAGAAUUUAUUAUAAUUAUGAUGUUUCCUCGGACGGGUGAAAGACAAUAGUAAAUAAAUGGUAAAUGCGUGUGCAAUUGGCCAAAACAAUAAGCAACUUAAAACCCCUGCCGGAAUAUGAAAGYCGUGYAAUUGAAAAGUUURAAUCAUUAGGUAUUCAGAAUCGGAUAGAUUCAAGUUAACACUUAUUCAGUGGAAGUGACGGUGGACAGUGACAAGAGCUUUCUAUUAUCAUUCGAAAUACGUUCAACGACGUUUCUUCSAUAUAGCGUUCAACUGAGCUUCGAUAUUAGCGAUUUACAUCCUGAUUUGGAGUCGUCAGGGGAAACGAGAGAAACAGUGAUGUCUGAUGCWGAACUUGCUAAAAGAAAUAAAGAUAUGAUUCCAGAAGGACCAGAAGGUAGUACAGCUUGGUGUUACACGAUAAGUACUUCUCCCGCUUUAUUGCAUUGAACUGGACUUUAUGCUACAAGUUUAAUUAAAAUUACGCAUAGCUAAGUUAUUACUAGUGGUAGUAUUCAAGUAACCUAACUUAGUUCAUUUGAUAUUUGGUAGGAAAAGGCGGGAUUGAUGAAUCGAUUUGAAUAAGCCUUUUCAUAGUUUAAGAAUCGAUUCCA